AUGUCCCCGACGCCGCCCACCACCGACUCUCCGCCGCACCUUCGUAGGCCUCUUACAGGAAAUAAGGGCGCUGGCGGCGACAUGACCAUGAUGUUCUUCGCCCAGCCCGACUGCCCCGUGAGGUUCGCCCACCAGGACGAGCAUCACGUGAGGGGCCUCAACGCCGAGGCCAUCGCCCGCGUCCUGCUGCCCGUCCCCCCGUGGCUGCGGGCGCUCGAAUACGAUCCCCUACGGGCCAGGGGGGACGAUGCCGAGGUCUCGUCCCUCUUCUUUAGCUUGAAUCUCUCAAUCUACGGCCAGCCGGUCGUCGACUCGGAUUGGACUGAGCAGUGGUUCUUCAUGUCCGGCCGCGUCCACCCCUACGCCCUCGCCUGGGAGGUUGAGCGCCGCGACGGUCUCGAGUCCGACGUCGGCGAGACUCUCCUCUAUACGAUGCCCGCCCUCGUCGUCCGUGACCAGGGCUACCAGCCCGUUCUCCCGCGCUCCUUGGCGCCCGACGGCCACUUCCCCUCGACGCCUCCUGUUGUCUCCUUUCACGGCGUCGUCGCCGGCUCCGGACUUGACCUCCUGCAGGCCGAUCUUCUUCCUGGUCUUGGCACCGACCAGCUCCGCUGCUGCGCCCUGAUCCAGCUAUCGACGUACAUCGCCCCUGGCGUCCCGGACAAGGUUCCCUUCAAGGGCUACCACCCCUUUCAGGUCUUUGUCAUCUUUCCCAUCUAUGCGAACCCUUGGCUCGUCCUAUGUAAGAAGCUGGCCGAGAGGUCCGCCUCUCCCUUUCUGCCUGGUACCCCGUUUACCUGCACCGGCAAGGUCGCCGGCCUUCUCGAUCAUGGCGUGAUGUGUGUCCCGCCCGGCUCGGACCGCGAUUACGUCUUCGUCGUCGUCCCGGACAGCUGGACUUUCCAUGAUAGGUCUUCCGCCGCUGCCGCCUCCGCUUCCCCGCAGGCACAGCCCCUGAGGCGCCAACCCUCUUCUGCCUCCUCCGCAUUUGACCUCGUCCGCGCCGCCUCCUACUCGCUUGCUACGCCGCCCUCGACCGCGCCGCACACGCCUUCCAAGGCUCCGGGCCCGCCUACCGAUACGCCUGUGACGCCGCCGCCCAAGUGUCAGGGCCCUACCUGGGACCCCUGGGUUACCGUGACACACCUGGGGACUACUACGGAAACCGCGGACGGGCACGGCACCCGCGGACGGGCAGCUCCGGGCACGGGCAGCUCCGGGCACGGGCAGCUCCGACGUACGCGUACGAUGGCUCCUACGACGAGCGAGACUCCGGCCAGCCUAGACGGGCCCGCCGACGACCACGACUGCAUCGAAGUACAGAUGGCUAGUCAGAAGAACGAGAGACAACCUGAUCCCCUACUUGAGGGACGAACGACAAUGCAGAGACCGUUAGAAGAGACGGCUAGAGUGGGCCGCGACUUCCAGGUCCCCCAGAAACUGACAACAGACUUGCACGAGCUCCUCCUUACGGAUUCCGACCAGGACCUCGUCCAGCAGUUCGCACACACCGUCCUUGCCGCGCAGGAGAACCCUACCCCCUUUACAGCAAAGACAGGCCGCACGAGCGGGACCCUAGACGCGGCCUGGUUACUUCGUUGGACGGUCGAACGGUCCAGCACCCGAGAGAAGGUUGCCCGUCAGAUCCUCGAACGAGCCCUCGCGAACCAGAAGGAGCUAGGCCGUCAGGCUAGAGCUCGCCAGCAAGAUCUUAUGGAUUACACGGACCAGAUCCGCGCCAUCGUCGACUACGUCCACAGCCCGGACCCGGCACAAUACAAUCAAGAUCAGGACCCGGAGCCCUUGGACAAUGGAUCGAAUCCGCGUUACGCUGACUGGAAGGCAGCAGUGGAGCGGAAGAUGGAAUUAAACGCCUACUUCUUUCCCGACGAAUUCGCUAGGAUUACGUGGAUCGCGACCCUUAUCAAGGGACAAGCGCACGAGGUCCUAGCGCCCUACCUCGCGAAACAGGACGACCUCGAGAUCAGAUCCGUGGGUCAGAUCUUCGAGCUCCUUGGGUCAGUUUACGAUAACAAGAGCCACAAGUGGGAGGCGAGGCAGCGGCUGGAUAGCCUGAAAAUGAAACAAGGGGAGUCCUUUAUCGACUUCGCAGCGAAGUUCGUAACCCUUGCGACAAAAGCAGGACUCCAUGACCGAGACCGGAUCACAGAGCUUCACAAGAAGCUCACCGGUCGGAUCCGCCUAAACAGCCAAGAUAUCUACGAGCGGUACGAGGAGCUUACGUUUGCUCAAUAUCGUGACCGGAUGACUGCCCGGUAUCUUGUUCAGGUUGACGCGUUAGAGGACUGA